UUGAACUUUAAUCUUUCUACAGUCACCGAAAGGAAUCAUUCCCUUUUCUCCAAGAAUCUACCAAAUCCCACAGGGACACAACUCUUUUAUCUCUCGUUGCCACCAAAAUUUUCCCUGAAACACAAAAUUCUGCCGAGAAAUUUUCAUCGAAUUUUACUAAGGAUGGAUGAAAUGAAUUUAUUUUCAUUCUGCGAUUUCCCUGAAGAUAUCCAGCUAUUCAUUUUAUCGUUCCUUUCCCCAAGAGAAAUCGCGAACUUCGCCUGCACAUCAAAACGGUUCGUUUCGCUGUGUAACAGCGACGGCAAGCUCUGGUACACCAUUUGCGAGAGAAGAUGGGGCUCAAAAACCCAAAUCAAAAAAUGGGGAGAUGGCAAGAUCUCCUACAGGCUCCUUUACAAAACUCUCAAUGAAUGGGAGAAUCUGAUCGGUUUCUGGCGCAGAAGUGGUCAACCCAUGGUCAAUGAUUCAUCCCCGCUGUUGAUUUUCUUCGAGUGGGGCCCCUCAUAUCUCUCUGGCUCUAGGGUGUCUCCCUCGCGAAACGGUACUUACAAUGUCUCAAAGUCUCCGUUUUUGUGGAUGAGUUUGAGUUCCGAUGGCGAAAUCGUAAACUUUCUCCAGCUUAAUGGGGAAAUUAAAUUAUGGGAUGAUUUUGUAAAAUGUUGUCAGUUGGGGUUUAUUGAGGAUUUGGUAUCAGUUAACGUUAAUUUUAUGGGGAGUUUUCAUGUUCUGGUUGAGGAAAACUAUGCUAAUUAUUAUCGAGAACUUGGAAAGUCCGUGUUUGGCAGGAGUCCAAGCUCGAUGGAUUUGAAUUCUAGAGGAGACGAUAGCGAUGGCAGUUCUGGGGAAUGUUUGGUAACAGAAAUGUAUAUGCAAUUCGCGAAUAGGAUAUCUCCAGUUGGGGAUAGAGCGUGGAGGAGACAGAGGAGGAAAGAGAAGGAGAGACUGGGGAAGAGACGAUGGGAGCCCGAGCAUUUUGUAAAGAUUAUGGAUUGUUCGCCCACGCCAUCUCGGCCUUUGCAGGGAUUAUGGAAGGGAAUAUAUGAUGACAUUAGCUUAGAUUUUUAUCUUGUGGCAUAUGAUACUGGGGGUAUCAUCUGCCGAAGGGUUGGCGAUUUGUCCUCUGGCUCUGCUGCCCCAGUGUUCUGGACAUCAAACACUACAUUCAUUGAGUCUCCACUUUCUCCUGAGGAAGAAUAUAUUUAUGAUAGUCGCAUACACCAUCAUUCACUAACAGUGGCAAAUCACACACAUUGCCAAUGUCCCUCAACCAUGGUCUCUCAUAUAAUGCACAUCAACUCAAGUUAUGAUCUAGUCAUUCGAGAUUCAGCAGGGACUUUUGCAAAUCCUCGACAAGGAGAAGGAAGGAUUUGGCAUUACCGGAAUGGGACAUUUGGGUUUGGGUUUUUCUGGGACAAUUUUAUCAUAGACCUCAAACAUAUGGUUCUUGAUGGUUGUCUUCUUGACACGGUGGAGGUUUAAUGUGAUUGAUUUUCAUGUUUUAGGUUAUUCUGUGUACAAAAUAGAAUCGUUUCUGGAUGUAAUUUGUGGACUGUAUUGUGUACCAUACUUUGUUCCAGGGAUAAAUGAAUUAAUGUUUAUUAUAGAAACCUUUUUUUGUUUA